CCUGGCACAGCCCUGGCACAGGGAUGGCACAGCCCUGGCACAGCUGGCCUCGCUGCUGGGGCUCAAGAGCUGACCCAGAAACGGCCGUGGGGGCAAAGGGUGAGCAGAGCCCUGGCUGCCAGCAGCCUGACACGGUGCCAGCUGGCUGGGCAGGGCCAGGGCUGGCCCCAGGGAGAGCUGGCAGCUGCACUGCGCUGGUAACCCUACCCCUGGCACAGGGGGCACCGGGGGGGACAGUGUGGGGCAGGGUGAGCAGCCUCUCAGCUGUUUCGGGGUGCACUGACCCCCCUGUUCCCUCCAGGACAGUUCCUCAGCUGUUUUGGGCUCCUUCCUCGCUGGCUCACGUGUGCAGCGAGUGACUGUGCCCAGACCCGCCGGGCACAUCUUGCAAAAUCGUUCCUGUCCGGGCACUUGGGGCUCUGCCAGCGAGGCCCUGGCAGCAAACGGGGCUGGCUGGGCUCGGACCCUGCCCGGACCCAGACACGACCCGGCCCUGCCCGGGUGACAUUGAUUAAUUAAUUGCUUCUGGACUCGGUUAAGGGGAUUCACAGGAACCGAGGGGGUGUAAUGCCCUAAGCAGCUUUCCCAACCCACAAGGGGCUCGUUGGCCCCUAAUUGGCUUGGGACAGCUUAGGCAGGACCCAGGGCAUUAAUCACGCCGGGAUCCUUCCCAAUUAACCCCGCAGAGCCCGCUGCAGGGAUGGGUCUCCCUCUGCUUGGCUUCGCAGGGCUCUGGGCAGUGGGCGGCCUCUCCCAAAAUGUCCCUGGGGUGGCUUUGCAAUGCUUGGGGCAACAGCAGGGCCUGUGCCAGGGCUCCCGGGCAUGGGGGGCACUUCCAGCCCUGCAAUGCUUGGGGCAACAGCAGGGCCUGUGCCAGGGCUCCCGGGCAUGGGGGGCACUUCCAGCCCUGCAGCCUGAGGAGGAAAGGGAACCAUGGCACAGAACAGGGAACAGAACAGAACCGCUCUUCUGUCACUGUCACACCAAGCCAGAGCACAACAAGGGCGAGAGGAGCUGUACUGAUUUUUUUUUCUGGACGCCAAGCAGUAAAUCACAGCGUCCCAGAACUGUUUGUUUUGGAAGGACCCUAAAGCUCAUCCAGUGCCACCCCUGCCAUGGCAGGAACGCCACCAACUGUCCCAGGCUGCUCCAGCCUCACUGUCCAGCCUGGCCUGGGGCACUGCCAGGGAUCCAGGGGCAGCCACGGCUGCUCUGGGCACCUGUGCCAGGGCCUGCCCACCCUCACAGGCACCAAUCCCUUCCAAAUUCAUAAACAGAAAUGUCAGUAAUUAAUAGAUUAAUUCAUGUAAUUAAACAUUACCCACGCUCUCGCCCCGCCCCCUGGCCUGACCAAUCACAGGGCAGCGUGCAUGGGAUGGGCGUGCCCUCUCAGUGGGCGUGGCGGCGUGGGCGUGGCCGCGCUGAGGAAGGCGGGCGGGCGCAGCGCAGCCCUAAGAUGGCGGCCGGGCGGCGGCGGCGGUGGCGCUGAGCAGUGGAAAUACUUGAAAUCUUCCUACUAAUAACAGGCUGUUUCAAUGUGGUCCUUAUUGCCUGACAUAAAGAGAAUUACCUUUAUCACUGGCUGUCUUAAAGCUAUUGUAGUUCUGAUCUAUCAGUGUGAUUUUAUUUAUUUAUUUACUUUUGCGUUUCAUUCUGUUUGACCAGUGAUCCUUGGCUAGUCAAGCUCGGUUUUUUGGUUUUUUUUUAUUUUAUUUUAUUGCUGUCUCUAGUCAGUGUCCUGUUUUGGUUUGGUUGUGUGAAGCUGGUGCUGGUGUUUGGUUUGUAAUCCUGUAGGGCAGCGUGCAGGGAGGGUCAUAAAUCUGCAGCAGGGUUUGGUGGCUUUUUUUUUUUUUCCUCCUUUUUUUUGUGUGUGUGUGUCUCUUGUUUUACUUCCAGAGCAAUAACUUAACUUUUGUCCUUGCUCUGUUGAGCAAAAGUGAAAGCUAGAUGCUGGGCGCAAACUUCUGCAAUCAGCUAUCCUUUUUAACCUUUCAUAGCUGUAGAUCCCUCAUGCAGAGGAGGCUUGGUGAAAAACCAGUCACCUCAAAAGACAAAUGGGGAGCGAUUGAAGCUUUCUCUUGUCUGAGUAAAACAAUUAUAACAGAAACGUUUGCUCCUGCAGCCACGCGCACAAAAAGGCAGUUUAAUUAAGAUUGCAGCCCAGGCAGGGGUUCAGCUGGGACCUGCUGUGCUCUCCGGGCUGGAUGGGGAGCAUGCCAGCGUGCUGCUGUUCCUGCAGAUGCUCACGGAGGACGCUGAGGCAGAGGAGCAGGAGCGCUCUCCAGAGCCCUGGCUCGGCGCCGUCCCAGUCUAGGUUUGAAUUGCUGCCACCUUGAACACGCCGGGCUGUAUUUGAAAUUGUAACCAACAAAAAGAUGUGAUUUCACUUCCACCUGGUCCGUGGCAGGCAGGUGCAGGUUUAUGGAGGAGCUUCUGGAACGUUCUGAGCCCCCGUUAACGGCGGGGUCUGGGCAGGCCAGCCCCUAGGGGGGGAAAUACAGCCCGGCUCCUGUGCCUAAGCUUUAGCUGUGUGGGUUUCUCCCCCUUCCCCAGAACCUUUGCUCUUGAAGAUGGUGAGUAGCCAGCCUAAGUACGAUCUAAUUCGGGAGGUUGGUCGUGGCAGUUAUGGUGUGGUGUACGAAGCGCUCGUCAGGAGGACCUGUGCCCGCGUGGCCGUCAAAAAGAUCCGGUGCCACGCUCCCGAGAACGUGGAACUGGCUCUGCGCGAGUUCUGGGCCCUUAGCAGUAUCAAGAGCCAGCACCCCAACGUCAUUCACCUGGAGGAGUGCAUCUUGCAGAAAGAUGGCAUGGUGCAGAAGAUGGCCCAUGGCUCCAGCUCCUCCCUGUAUCUGCAGCUCGUGGAGACCUCACUGAAAGGAGAAAUAGCCUUUGACCCCAGAAGCGCUUACUACCUGUGGUUCGUGAUGGAUUUCUGCGACGGCGGCGACAUGAACGAGUACCUGCUGUCGCGCAAGCCCAGCCGCAAGACCAACACCAGCUUCAUGCUGCAGCUCAGCAGCGCCCUGGCCUUCCUGCACAAGAACCAGAUCAUCCACCGCGACCUCAAGCCCGACAACAUCCUCAUCUCGCAGGGCCGCGCGCCCGCCGAGCCCACGCUGAAGGUGGCGGAUUUCGGCCUCAGCAAGGUGUGCUCGGCCUCGGGCCACAGCGCCGAGGAGCCCGUCAGCGUCAACAAGUGCUUCCUGUCCACCGCCUGCGGCACCGACUUCUACAUGGCCCCCGAGGUGUGGGAGGGCCACUACACGGCCAAGGCCGACAUCUUCGCCCUGGGCAUCAUCAUCUGGGCCAUGCUGGAGAGGAUCACCUUCGUGGACACCGAGACCAAGAAGGAGCUGCUGGGCAGCUACGUGCGGCAGGGCGCGGCCAUCGUGCCCGUGGGCGAGGCGCUGCUGGAGAACCCCAAGAUGGAGCUGCUCAUCCCCGUCAAGAAGAAGUCCAUGAACGCCAGGAUGAAGCAGCUGAUCAAGGAGAUGCUGGCGGCCAACCCGCAGGACCGGCCCGACGCCUUCGAGCUGGAGCUGCGCCUGGUCAACAUCGCCUUCAGGGACAGCAGCUGGGACACGUGAGGGCGUCCUGCAGGGGUGCUGAGCCCCUGGCUGCUGGAGAUUUGGAGAUUCCCCACCGGAAUGUGGAGUUGGCCGGCUGUGAAAUCCCCGAGGGCGUUCCUGGGGCUGCUGCGCUGGCACGGGCAUGGCACAAGAGCCAACACUACUUGAUUUCCAGCACUCUCUCGUGGAGUGUCCCACACAUUCCAGUUUCCUAUGUCAGUAUUAGGAACUCUCAUGGAAAAAAAAAAAAGGAGAAAAAAUCGAUUUGCAUGCUGGCAGUGCAAAUCUUGAGGCUUUGUAAUGUAGUCUGUGUAUAUAUUUAUGUAUAUGGGUGACUGGGAGUGUGUGGCACUUAAAUUAUUUGCUGUGGGUCUGGAUGAUUGGGGCCUGCUAGAAAUCUGGGUGAAGAAAGUGAGUGAGAAAAACUCCUUCUUCCCCAGGCCUGAAUGACUUUAUUAUUUAUUUUUGUUAUCUAAUUUCAAAGACUUGACUUUGUAAACAAAAAAAAGCAAUGCAAGGGGAUCAGCUGCUUUCAAAGUGCUAACAUGGCUGGUCUUGGCACUUGGAGCUUAAUGAGCUCAUCACUGAGGGAGUCAAAUUAGAAAUGUACAGUCAGGUGCUGGCAGGGGGGCUGGCUCACUGAUCAGUUGAUUUUGCUUUUAUUAAUCAGUUAAUUUGCCUUUUCUCACCUGGAAAUGGCUGUAAGUAUUUCCUUGUACAAUUUGCUUUUUGAAGUCUGUUCCCUCUUAGUGUUGGGACAGCAGUUCUGGGCACUCAGUGUUCAUUUUCCGAGUGCAAAUAAACAAAAUGUUAUUUUUUGGUUUUCCAAAAGCAAAGGAUUCUGAUUCCACCCAACUUGUGAGGCUUUACAGGCCGCAGGUGGCUCUUACCUGGUGCUGUGUGAGCUGGUGCCUGUCCCCAGCUGGCCUUAGUUCAUAAUUCUUGUUAUUUCCUUUCACUUCAUCCUCGUAGGGAGUGAUCCUCAGACAAACACACUUUGCUUGUGCCAACUCUGCCUCUCAGUUCUCACAUCUCAGCAGGGUGAGAAAAGGAGGUUUAUUAUUCAUGUUAAACUUGGGAGCUGUUUAACACCAAAGGGGUGAGCAUCCCCUCCCUUACCCAGCCAGAAUGGCAGAAUUACAGAGCCAGAAUCAGCACUGCUCCCCUCUGAGGUGCUCUGUGAACCACCUGGCUCCCCUCUGCCUGCAGGGCACAAAUCAGGGGCUGGCACGGGGAACUUUCGGGGUUUUUGACUCCCAAAGUGUUUCUUUGCACUGAUUGCCACUUUAUAGGUUGGGGGUGCCUGAAAUCCCUCUCAUGGUGCUUCUCCUCGCUGUUGGGUGACACUGGUAGUCCUCGAGCUCUGUGUUCUCUUUGAUUUUUUUUGUUGUCUGAGGUCUUUUGUUUUGAGAAAAUAAAUCAAGUUGUUGUAGCAGCUGCGGGGUCGUUCACCAGCGUGACACGAAGUCAAGACACUUUUCAGCACUUGGGAAAGAUUUUUUUUUUUGUUUUUUCCAUGUUUUUCCUUUAAAAACUGUAAAAUAUAUUUUACGGAGAAUUUAUAAUGAGGAAAAUUAUUGUGUAAUUUAUUAAGUUCAUGACUGUUUUUGAAAUAAAACCUUGAAUUUCGA